AUGCAGUCCUGUCAGUCCAUCGUUCGACCUGGUCGUCAAACAUAUCGGUGCCUCAGUCGUCGCGCCACCUCGUUCCGAAGCUUUCACGAAGCAACCGUCUGCCAGUCGGGACAUAGUAGAUGGUCCAAGAUCAAGCACGACAAGGCCAAAGUCGACAGUUCCAAGAACAAGGCUCGCAGUGUCUUUGCCCAGGAGAUUGCCACCGCUUCCAAACUCUUUGGCGGCGAUCCCGCCUUCAAUCCUAGACUCGCCGAUUUGAUCGUCAAGGCCAACAGGGCUGGUUUCGCAAAGUCCUCGAUAGAAGCAGCCAUAGCCCGUGGCCAAGGACGUUCGGUGAAUGGCGCUGCUCUGGAGACGGUCACACUGGAGGCUAUGCUGCCCAACAAUGUUGGCGUAGUGAUCGAUUGCGAAACCGACAGCAGACUACGAACGCUGGCCGAUCUGCGUGUCAUAAUCAAGCAACACGGCGGUAACGUCACUCCUACAGGCUAUCUUUUCACCAAGAAAGGCAGGAUAAUCUUUGCAAACAAGGACGGCGUCGGUGUGGACGACGUCUUCGAGUCUGCUCUGGAAGCAGACGUCCUGGACGUCGACGAAGAUGGCGAAGGACGAGUCGUUGUCUACACGGAGCCCGGCGACACAAAAGCAACUGGGGAGCUGAUAUCCACAGCUCUAGGGCUGGAUAUCUCGAGUUCCGAGAUCAUCUCAGAUGCCAACGAGGAAACGCUCGUGACACUGGAUGAUGGCGAAGCGACACAGGAGCUGGCCAAAUUCGCAGACGCCAUCCAGGACAAGGAGAGCGGAGUGCAUGGCAUCUACAUGAACGUCAAGGAAGGCUCACUUGAUCAUGGAGUGUUUGCCGAACUGCAGAGCAGAAUCACAGCUUGA